UGGUUUAAAAACAAUGGCAAGCUUGUUGUAUGGUGUACCUCAUCUGUCUUGCGAUGCACAAGAUCAGAAUGCUGGUGGGCAAAAUAAUAUCACAUCUGGUGAACCAAGGCUGAGCAUUACAGACAUACAGGAAGUCCUCAGGAGAGUGUCGCUAAGUCCUUUACCCAGACAAUAUGAGAGUGAUUUUAUAACUGACUGCUUUAGUGGCACUGAUUCUUCAGGUAGCCGAAUCCAUCAGAAUGGUUAUCAGAACAAAGUGAACCCAUUCCAACAUUCAGCUCAGAAUGGUUUUACAAGCAAGUCAUCGAAUCCUUUUGUAUCAUCUCUUAUGAAAGUUGAUAGAAUCAGUUCAUCAGCCAUGAACCCCUUUACACAAGGCAACGAUUCCAGUGUUGGCUCGGGCUCUGAAAACAACAAUCUGACAAGUGCAAACCUUGGACAAAGUAAUGGCUGGGCUCACUUUCCAACAUCAUCUUCACCAACACUUGAGAACUGGGUCAUCUCCACACUUCCUGUGUUUAACGGGGAAACUAAACCUACAACAUCCACCACUAGAACUGCUCCUGAAACUGAAAAGACCAAUCAACUAUUUCCUCGGAAAGAGGAAUCCAGUGAGAAAACAGAACAGCAAUCAUCUGACAAUUAUCUCUUAGAAUACAUACUGGCCAGUCAGCAAAGGGAUUGCCAACCUACACAUUCUACAACAGCCUCAAACUGGCAGGAUGCGCCCAGUUUUUUGCAUUCUCCAGACACCCUUUUGUCCCCUACACCUCAGUCAAAUGGUACCCCAUUAUCUCAGAGCCAGUGUCAAAUAAAGCCAUUUUCUUAUUUAACUGUUGGUUCUCUUAUGAAUAAUGGACAUUCUAAGCCACAUGUGAACAACUUUGCUAAACAAGUACCUCCUACAGAAUUAAGUCGAGACUUUCAGAAGAGCUCAACAGUUGUGCCACCUCAAAAUGCCUCACUGAAUGGAGUGGUGUUAAUAAAACCCCCAAAACCAGUUCCUCGCAGAAGGGUUCCCAAGAAUCCAAGUCAGACUCCUCCCCAGACUCAAUUUACACCCCUCCAGUCUCCUACCACGCCCACAUGUGCGUCUCCUAAUUCUGCAAUACAGGCUAAAGCCAAUACCCAGGAAACUGUGCCAGCUGAAAAUAGCCAAGUGUAUGAGGACAUUCUUUUUAUUGGACAGGAGAGAUGUGUGGAAGACUGGCCAGAAGACAGCCCUGAGUUUAGCCCUGACUGGAAACCAACUGGAAAAUUAAAAUUAAGGAGGGACUCUUGGAAGAUCCCUGUUGAUUCUGAUGACACUUUGGGAGAGAAAUAUGGCAAAACAAAACAAAAGAGAGCCUUCAUCAUUACAUCACCAUCAUCGAAGAAAACUCCUGACAGCAUUACCGGUGCAUAUAGUGCUCUGCCAAAGAUGCAUAAUGCUGCCUCAGAAGACAAUUUGUCUGACAGAGAUGAACCAAAUGCAAAAAUGAAUAAAAAUUCACUUAAGAAGAAGAAGCCAAAAUUAAUAGUUCCUCAUUUAAGUUAUCGUGGACAUAAGGAUGAUCUGCUUGCAGAACCAUGUGAACAUAAGAUGAGUAAUGAUGACGGAAUUAAAGACUGCAAACAGAAGGAACCACUGAAAUUCAAAGUCACACUGCCUCGUCGACAUUCAAGGGUUUUAUCUGAAGAUAAUCUAAAAAAGAUGAAUGGGAACCAGUCUAUGGUGGAAUCAAGGGAUAAUUUGCUUGAAGAACCAUGUCAACAAAAGUUAAGAAAUGGUGAAGCCAAAGGAAUGAAAGACUGCAAGCCGAAGGAACAUUUAAAAUUUAAAGUGGUUUUACCUCGCCGACAUUCAAAGGGGGGCUUUGAAGAUGACCUGAAGAAGACAAAUGGUAGCCUGUUUUUACCUCCAAAACCUUUGGAGCAAUCAAAGGAUAAUGAUCUUGAUGAACCAUGUAAACGAAAUAUGAAGAAUGGUGAAGCAAAAAAGAAAGACUGCAAACCGAAGGAGCCACUGAAAUUCAAAGUGUCUCUGCCGCACCAGCAUUCACAGGAUGCAUUUGAAAAUGACACAAAGAAGAUGAAUGGUGGUCAGCCUCUUGAGGAAUCAAAGAAUGUUCUCCUUGAGGGACCGUGUACACAAAAGACAGGCAAUGGUGACUCGAAGGGAAUAAAAGACUGCAAACCGAAGGAACCAUUAAAAUUUACAGUCACUCUGCCUCGCCGACAUUCAAAGGUUGAUCUGCAUGAUGAACCGUGUAAACAAAAGAACAGCAAUGGCAAAUCCAAAAGAAUAAAAGACUGCAAACCGAAGGAACCAUUAAAAUUUACAGUCACUCUACCUCGCCGACAUUCAAAGGGUGCUGUUGAAGAUGAUCUAAUGAAGAUGAAUGGUGGCCAGCCUUUUGAGGAAUCAAAGGUUGCAACACCAUCUCACAAAAGUUCAAAGGGCCUAAAGGAUGCAGGAGUCCCAUCGAGAGGAGCAGGUCUAUUUAAAGCAGGAGAUAAUGGAGAUGAUGACAGUUGGACAGAAAUGGACCCAAAGCCACAAAAGUUGAAAAAAUCCCAGAAGCCGAAAAGAAAAUCGAAGGCAAAGGACCAGUCAUGCUUUCCUGAGGACUUUGAUCCACGUGGUGCCACGUCUUGCAACUUCUACCUUUCAGAGGCAGCUAAGGCUGAGUGGAUGUCCUCUCAGAUGGAUGUAAGACGAGUAUCAGCGCUAGACGAAGAAGGGGGUCUGGACGGAGUACAAGAGGAAGAUGAAGGGGACACUGACAGUUUAAUGGAGUGGUGGAACACAGUGGAAUUGUGGGACGAGGUGCCAUCAGAUGAGAAAUUCAGCAAUAAAGAGGAUGAAACAAAAUCAUUCACUGAGAUUGCUGAUAAAGUCCACCGUGGCCUCCGUGUUUUCUACAAAAGCUUCACAGAGCAAGCCGAGGUCCUCUACCAAGACGUGCUGCUUCUCUACGCCAUCGGAGACGAUGUCAGCAACUUCCAUCGCCGAACCAAAAUCGCCAACAUCACAGGUGGCACUACGACAGCUGUGGGUGGCGUAGCCACCAUCGCCGGCCUGGCACUGGCACCCUUUACGCUUGGUACUUCUCUUAUUGUGUCUGCUGUUGGGUUGGGAGUCGCUACUGCGGGUGGGAUCGCUGCAGCUUCAGCCACCAUUUCAGACAACGUCCACGAAAUGAACGACCGUAAGAAGAUUGAGGUGGUUUUGCAGGACUUCGAGACUCGUCUGGCUGAUUUCCGACGCGGCCUAAGCUUUGUGGCCGAAGGAGUGCAACGACUGCGCUACCACCCACUGCUGCACCGUAAUAAUUACUAUGCCGGUGACUGGGAGGUGCGGCGAGCGCUCCAGACCAUCGGUCUGGCUGGAGAACCAGUGGAGCAUGCUGUAGAAGUCAUGGAUAAUGCCACAGUGGCCAUAAACAGCAUGUGGUCUGACAUGGAUAAGUAUUUUAACAAGGACUCAAAGGAGGUAAAGAAGGGUUGCAAGAAAGAGGUUAUGAUGCAGGUGCAUUUGCUAGCUAAGUUGCUACAGGACAGCUUGGUGGAACUCAACUCUAUAAGAGAGCAACUGAUGGAAGCUAUCGGACAGGUUUAGAACCAGUUUGUUGUUGAUUAGAACAACCAUGAAUUAACUGACAAUUGAUUAAUCCAUAGAAUUUAAACAGCACUGUUAAGACUCGUCUCAUUUUAUAAGUGCAAAGAAACUGAUGCAAUUCCUUGUCCAACCAUCAUAAGAUGGUUUAUUUAACAAAGUAAAUGUAGGUUUUAAAUUAGAACCUAACUGGACAACAAUGCCCACUUAAGAAUAUACAGUUGAAGUCAAAGGUUUAUAGUUUUAAUGGACAUGUACCCUAUGUCAUGGCAUUAUUUCUUUAACUGUUCUGUUACUAUAUCUCAAAUAUUGGAACAUGUACUUUAUUUUAAAGAUUUGAACACAUACUUAGCUUUCUAUUGCCAUGGGAUUAAAGGUUGACAUGCAUGAAAGAAGUUCCUAUUCCUCCUUUGUCUUUGUCCAUGCAAGCAGUAAGAAAGGUCUGGAAUGCUCAUUUUGAAACAAGUUCUUCCUUCACGCUUGUAGCCUCUAAUCCCAUGAUAAGGUAGAGCUCUGCUUACUGUGAAAUGUGUCACCCAUAUUAUUGCGGCCUGUAAUUCAUAACAGAUGUGUUUAGUUUUUUACUCAGUUAAUUCAGUUUUAUUUACAUCAGACCAUCAUGGUAAAGCCAAUGUACUCCAAUCAGUACCAUAAAAAAUAACAGCUGCUAAAACGACUGAAAUCACAUAACUGCCAACAUUAACUCUUCUUUUUUAAAUGGUAGUUUAACACAGUAAUUUACUGCUAAAGUAUUAAAUAAAGCAAAUGCCAGACUUCCACCAACAGUCAAACAGUAA